AACCAACUAAUGUUUAAUUUUGAGUCAGAUUUUAAGCAACUGCUUCCUUAUAUAUUAUACAAUUUUCUCCUCAAAACCUAAACCAGAUGGCUUUCAUAUUACUGCCGAUUCAGAUCCACGUUUGUUCAAAUUUUGGGAUAUCCACCAGAGGUUUUUCAGCCUGAUGGGUGACGACAAGUUAGUGGCAAGUCCAAAUGAUUCAAAUUCAACAGAGCAGUUCAUCUCUGUGCUGCCCAAUAAUGCUCUGGAUGUAGGAAAGCAAGCCAUCUUUAUGGGUAUCCAUCCAAAAACUGUAAUGAACUGUGUACAGCCUGAGGGGGGUCAAGUUCAGCUCCAGUUAAUAAGUGGAAACAUUAUGCAGCUAUACAAAAAGGGAGAGGAGUUGUUGAACUUCAGUUUUUACAGCAAGACCGAUGGCAGCCCAGAUACCUGCUCUUUUGAAUCUGCGCAGUUCCCUGGAUGGUUCCUAAGUUCUUCUUCUGAACCAAACAAGCCUCUUGGUUUGAGUCAAAAAGGAGGACCUGAAAACAUCCUGUUUCAUUUUCAAAGAAUAAACUGAAUCAGAAGUUUUGUUUUCAAAGAGAGAUGGAGCAGAUUGUUUUGCUAUAUUUUACAUGUGAUGGAAAUAUCUUUUGGCUUUGGGCUUUUUUCCUUUCGAACAGACUGUGAUAAAGAAGCAGAAGGUGGGAUCAAAAGUAGAGAUAGAUAACAGUUCGCCUGAUCCAGAAAACCU